AUGCAGUACGUGCUUCUCCAUCCCCACCAGGAGCCUGUCUUAGGAUCGGUAGCCGGCAACUUCCGCACUACAAGAGAGACACACUUCCCCUUCUGCCAGUCCCCACAUCCAAGACAUGGCAUAGUCCUGAGGAAGAUAAUUGCCUUUGAUGAGUUAAGAACCGAUUUUAAGAGCCCCAUAGACCAGUGCAACCCUGUUCAUGCGAGGGAGCGGCUGAGGAACAUUGAGCGCAUCUGUUUCCUCCUGCGAAAGCUGGUGCUGCCCGAGUACUCCAUCCACAGCCUCUUCUGCAUCAUGUUCCUGUGUGCGCAGGAGUGGCUCACCCUGGGCCUGAACGUCCCUCUGCUCUUCUAUCACUUCUGGAGGUACUUCCACUGCCCAGCGGACAGCUCCGAGCUAGCCUACGACCCGCCGGUGGUCAUGAACGCGGACACCUUGAGUUACUGUCAGAAGGAGGCCUGGUGUAAGCUGGCCUUCUACCUCCUGUCCUUCUUCUACUACCUGUACUGCAUGAUCUACACUUUAGUGAGCUCUUAACUCAAAGACCACGCGCGUCAUCAGACUGGAUGGGAGUGAGCCCAGGCUGAGAAGUCACUUCUGCGGGCCACUGGAGAAGGGACCAGAGGGAUGCGCGAGAAGGAGACCUGCAGACACCGGCUGCACCAGACUGGGACCGGGCGGAAGCCGGGGCCGAAUUAACUGCGAACGUGUUCACUGCCCCGUGUACCCCAGGCUGCACGCUCACUGACGGCUGCACUCGGGAUGUAGCUCCCUUCUGGGCAGCGGGGCUCAGGGCAGCUCCUGAGCUGGAAUUGCUGCUUCCUGAGUCCACUCACCAAACAACUCCCACAGGGUCACUCUGCUUUUCUGGACCGUGGGAGCAGGUGCUGGAAGGCUGGACGGUGCCUGCUAAGGGACAGAAUGACCCAGAGUCGAGGCUGAGUGUUUGGGACCCAUUGCAGGCCUCAAGGAUGUGGGCUGCCCAAGGCCCUCAAGUCUCAUCCAUGCCAUGGUCAUGCCCUUCGCCUCACCCAAGGGUCUGGAAGGUGUGCGAUCGCCUUCAGCUGUGACCGACCUUGACCUGCGGGGGCGUCUGUGUUCAUGGCUUGUUCCAUGAGAGCCCAGCUUAGGGACAUCUUGAGCUGGGUUUGGGGCAAUAUGUUAGCAAUAAGUUAAGCCCAAAGUCGUGGAUGUGGGUGUGGGCCGGGAAGAGGGAC